GAAUUUUCAGAAUGGUACCAAAUGUGCCUUGCAGAAGCUUCCAACUGCCUUUCUCUUGCCUCUGUUAUGCAAUUGUAGUCACUUCUACAGGCAUAAUCUGAGGUCCCCGGAGGCUAACGUGGCUCAAAACCACCAGCUCCAGUGGCUUGAAUUUUCCCUUUGUAUUAGGGUGGGGACGAUUUUUCAUCUCUCUCUGGAGAAAAUGGUCCUCGUCAUCUUUACAUACCAUGAGGUGGGGCCAGACCCCAGAAGGUGCACAGACAGUGCGUGCCUCUCUGCAGAAGGACCCGGUAUGCAGAAGUGGGGGUGCUGGCUCUGUCUGCCUCCACUUCCUCUUGGGCAGAAGGUGCUGGGCAUUCCUUCACGAAGUAGCCACCGCAGAAAGUCCCCGUCUUUCUCAGCCUUCCUGGGGCUCUCCGCAAGGACUCACAGUGCCACACUGGCAGCAGGCUCCUCAGAAGGGACCCUCAGGUCUGAAGGCUCAGGGGCCUUGGCAGGUGAAGUGGGGCAUGCCCCUCGGUUCCCCACUGCUAGAUGGUGGGUACUGGAAGUUCUUCCUCGGACUCACAGAGAGACUCCCGCUGUUCUUCCACACAGUUUUCCUGGAAAAGAGAACUCGUUGCUGCGCUGGAGAAAAGACCCCCACUGGUAAAGUAAGGAGCCAAGCCACUCCCGAAGAUCAUGAACUUGUCUUCCGAGCACUGCAACGCCUCAGACUGGCUGAGGCUGGAGGCAACAGUGAAGGCCUCUGUGUACCUGGUCGCCUUCUCCUUCGCCACGGCCAUCACUGUGCUGAUAAUCGCCGUGGUGUCCCAGAGCCCGAGCCUGCGGAGCGAGGCCCGAUACGUGCUCCUCUGCCACCAUCUGCUGUGCGUCUCCUCCUGCUGCGGGCUGGGGGCCGUCUUCCAGGGCCUGCGGGCACUGCGGGCCGGCAGCCCCCUGCUGCUGUGCUGGGUGGUAUUCGGGGCGCAGCUCAGCGCUGGAGAAGGGAUUCUCUUCACCCUGGCCUUGAUGGCGCUCAACACUUACGCGGUGAUUUGCUGGCCCCUGAGACCCAUGCCCUUUGUCGAUUCAGUUAAGUAUAGGAUUCUGGCUGGGGCCUGGGCAGCCGUUAUACUCAAGAAUGUUUGUUUAUUCCUCAUAGAGAGCGCCAGCCCCACUGUGGUUUCUGUUUUUAGAUCCGAGCCCCUUUGCCCUGUUAUUUUGAACGGCGCUGCUGCCAGGGCCAUUGGCAUGGUUUUCCUGUUCCUUCCGUUGUCUGUCAUUCUUGUAAGUUACUCCCUGAUAUACCAGGAAGGGAAACGUGCUGGCCAUUUUAAUAGGUCAAAUAUCAAAGCAAGGAGAACGAUCCUUGUUCAUUUAGUUCAGAUAAGCUUACAUGUGGUACCAACUCUCGUAUUCAUAGGUUUGGGGAAGCUGUGCGGGUUGUUUUACUUUGCCUUAAAUCUGGUGCUUUUCGGCGUCUUUGCCUUUGCUCAGUGCUUUAACCCUCUGAUCUACGGGCUCUGGAAUAAGGAGCUGCAGCGAAGACUGCACCACUGGGUGUGCCGCCAGCGGUGGGGUGGCCACACUGGGAAUAGCGGGGUUUAAACAGAAGCUCAGCCGUUUUGAAUCAGCAAUGCCAGUCCUGUUAGAUUCAUCAGCUGAGAGUAAGGACUUGCCUUUCACUUAACCUAAAAUUGGAGCCUUGAUUUGAUUUUAAAAGCAAUAUGAGUAAGUCAAAGUUA